AUGCCUACCGCAUUGGGCAAAAUGGCUACACUACAUUUCUGCCCGCUUUGCGACAAACCAUUCGUCAAGGGUAUGCCUUCUAUUCCUCGCGUCUUCGAGAAGUCGCCAUUGUCUGACUCGUCCCCUAGAAUCCUCACGAAAUCGGCACCGUCGCUACUGUGGAAGCCGUACAACAAGUCGACCCCGAUCAUGCAGGGCGUGCAACACCUCAAAGGUCAAAUUCCAGAAGCCUGCAGCCCUACGACAUCACCAAGCAUAGAGGGGGCAGGGUCAGGCAGCGCCCCAACCGUCGCUACCGAAUUGACCGGUUCUGAGGACAGUCACUGCACGGCGGCACUCAAGCCCUUCAGUGGGCAUACCACGGCCGACAAUCUCGACAACGGUGAUUCUCUUCUUGAGCUAGCCAACACAGAGCCAUACUUGUUUCAAGACACGUUUGGUAGCUUCGACGGCUCAUCCCUCUUCGACGACUUACUGUGGGAUCAUCCUGGCUGUUCGACAACUGCGCCGACACUGACGAAAAGCCAGCUGCUCCACGUCAAUCAAGCAUCUGGCUGGUGCACAUGGACGCAACGAGGCCUUUCCUUCGCGGUAGACGUCGACACACCUCUGGCACGGAACGUUUCCAGCCAUUCACGGCCUGAAGCGCAACGAAGUGCCGACCUCGUCAUCCAAGCAUUGCGGGCCUUCCCUGUCAUGAUGCGCCGGAGAGAGACACUGCCCUGGUUUAUUCAUCCAUACUCCAGUGUUUCGUCGCUAACAGGACAAUCGAACUUACCUGACGCGAUAUCAGCAUGUAUGGGUAUCGCGCAGAUGUUGGCGUCUAGCACACCGGAAACGAAACCCUUUCUCUGGCGGACCAUCGGGGUGGAAUAUACUCGCCUUGUAAAUGAGAUGCCUCAGAUGUCUGCGUUCGAGAGUCUAGCGGCGCAGCAAGCCUGUAUGGUUUACCUAAUCAUGUGUAUCGUGGACUACUCAUCCGUCAAUGCCGAGUACGGCCAAGAACUCACACAUAUACUAUUUAAUUUCUGUGUCACAUUCAAAGACAUGUUUGGCGGACACGGGAGUGAGACCGAACUAGCAAACCCAAGUCUAUGUUGGGAAGACUGGGUCUUUGCCGAAUCUCGAAGACGCAUGACGAUUCUGUGGCUCCUCAUCGGUUGUGCUGCUUGUGUCAAGACGGGAGGUAUUUGCGAUUCCUCGGGCAGCACCAGAAACAUGCCACUCCCGGGGCCAAAGUCCAUAUGGGAAGCAACGUCUCAAACGUCAUGGGAGACGGAAUACGCAGCGAACCGAACGCUUCAGAUGGACCACGGAUUACUUACUGUCGGCGAUCUCAUUGACACGCAGAAUUCAGCCUGCAGUAACCCCGCCAGCGCGCGAAAACUAGACUGCUGGAAUGCGGGAAUCGACAAUGCUGGAUUUUUGGCCAACCUGAUUGGAUGUAUGGUAUGA